AUGGCCUCUCUCAAACCAAGUAGCCACAGCGGCAAAAGCCAUCCUGAAUCCGACCCCCGCAAACCCUCCGUCACGACUGUCCUUCCCGAUGGCGAUUCCCCGAAUCUUGAAGGCCUCAGCGCAGACGAGGCGGCACUGGUAGCACUCGGUUACAAACAGGAAUUCAAGAGAGAGUUCUCACUUUGGACGACUUUCUGCGUGUCAUUUGCGGUGCUAGGUCUUUUGCCGAGUUUCGCAAGCACGCUCUACUAUGGCAUGGGAUAUGCGGGAACUGGAGGUAUGGUGUGGGGUUGGUUGAUCAGUUGGUUCUUUAUCCAGUGUGUAGCCAUGGGAAUGGCCGAGCUAUGCUCGAGUAUGCCCACAAGUGGAGGACUUUACUACGCAGCAGCUGUACUUGCUCCUCCAGGAUAUGGUCCUUUUGCGGCUUGGAUUACAGGGUGGUCGAAUUGGAUCGUGCAGGUCACUGGAGCUCCCUCGGUUGACUAUGCCCUCUCAGCUAUGAUUCUCGCCUCAGCAUCCAUCACACAUCCUUCCUACGUUCCUCAAGACUGGCAGGUCUUCCUCCUCACUGUAUUCGUAAUGAUAAUCCAUGGCUGCAUAUCCAGCAUGCCAACCCUCUGGAUCGCCCGCUUCAAUGCGUACGGCUCGACAAUGAACAUGAUAUGUCUCUUCAUUGUGAUCAUAUUGGUCCCAGCUUCCGUCACAGGAUCAGACACACACCCAAAGUUCUUCCCUUCGAAAGAAGUCUGGUCGAUUCAGAACGGAACAGACUGGCCAGACGGAGUCGCAGUCCUCAUGUCCUUCAUCGCCAUCAUCUGGACCAUGUCAGGAUAUGACGCGCCGUUCCAUCUUUCUGAAGAAUGCAGCAAUGCGAAUAUCGCCGCUCCUCGCGCAAUAGUAAUGACCUCUGGCGUGGGUGGCCUCGCAGGAUGGGCACUUCAGCUUGUCGUGGCAUACACAGUUUAUGACAUAACCGAUGUACUCGAAUCAGAUCUCGGCCAACCAUGGGCAUCCUAUCUCAUCGAAGUCAUGCCAAAGAACACUGCCCUCGCUAUAUUAUCCAUCACCAUCGUCUGCGGCUUCUUUAUGGGUCAAGGCUGUAUGGUGGCUGCGUCCAGGGUAACAUUCGCUUAUGCUCGCGACGACUGCUUUCCCUUCUCCUCGUGGAUCAAGCAGGUCAACAAGCACACGUACACACCCGUCAACGCAGUCUGGUUCAAUACGAUGAUCGGCAUUCUGCUCCUCCUUCUCAUCUUCGGCGGCUCGGUAGCAAUUGGUGCUAUCUUCUCUGUCGGAGCCAUCGCUGCCAUGGUCGCUUUCACGAUCCCCAUCUUUAUCCGUGUGUUCUUCGUCGGGAAUCGUUUCAGACGGGGCCCGUGGCAUUUGGGGAAGUUCAGUAAGCCGAUUGGAUGUUGUGCGUGUGCAUUCAUCUUGGUUAUGAUGCCGAUUUUGUGUUUCCCAAGUGUGAGAGGGAAUAAUUUGACGGCGGAGUUGAUGAAUUGGACGGUUGUUGUUUAUGGUGGACCGAUGAUCAUGGUGACGAUCUGGUGGUUCGUUUCCGCUCACAAAUGGUUCAAAGGGCCGAAGAUCAACGUUGAGCACCACAUGCUCGGCCGCGAAGAAGGCAUCGUAGAAGGCGUCGAAGGCAGCUCCGACAGCGAAACGCACAGCUAUCCUAGCAAAAAGACGGAACUUACAGAAGAGACCUUGCCAACUACGGAGAUUAAGUAG